UUGCAGGCUGCGGGCUGGUUUAUUCUCCGGUGGAGGGUCAUAUAAACAUACAAACUGUCUGGCUCUCGCCAGAUUUUCCACUUAGGCAUAGGCAUAGGAGGGCUGCUUCCUAAAUUGCCGUGUUUAAUUGCACCUGCCUUUCUGAUUACCUCUGGGAAUCUGUGGGAGGAGCCGAGAGGGUGGAAAAUGUUGCUUCGCUUUGCAAAAGGAAGAAAACUUUGUCACCCAGCGGGAGACCUCUGCCACGCGUAGCCCGGCGAGAGACCAGAACCAGAACAGCCUUUGGCUUUGAUUUCGCAUCCGAAGAGCCCGUAGGAGGAAGAGGACACGUGAACUCGGCGCUCCCGCCGACCGCCACCCCAGCUCCACCUUCCCUCCCCGCGGAAGUCCCCACGCGGUGUCUUCAGGGUGCAAGGACAGUAAACAGCGCGUGCGGCUCGCGGCCGACGGCUGGGGCCGGACUGGGAAGGAGAGGACCGAAUUCCAGGAACGAGUCACCCGGAAUUAACUUCUGGUUAAAGUUAUGGGAAGCGCGGCCAUGGACACCAAGAAGAAGAAGGAUGUUUCCAGCCCCGGCGGGAGCAGCGGCAAGAAGAACAGCAGCCAGAAGCGGCGUUCGCUGCGAGUGCACAUUCCGGACCUGAGUUCCUUUGCCAUGCCGCUCCUGGAUGGAGACCUGGAGAGUUCAGAAAAGCAUCCUUCUCGUAAGGUGGACAGCCCCUUCGGCUCAGGCAGCCCCUCCAAAGGCUUCUUCUCCAGAGGCCCCCAGCACCGGCCCUCCAGCCCCGUGUCUGCUCCCGUGAGGCCCAAGACCAGCCCCGGCUCCCCCAAAACCGUGUUCCCGUUCUCCUACCAGGAGUCCCCGCCGCGCUCCCCCCGCCGCAUGAGCUUCAGCGGAAUCUUCCGUUCCUCGUCCAAAGAAUCUUCCCCCAACUCCAACCCGUCUACCUCGCCCGGGGGCAUCCGGUUCUUCUCCCGCUCCAGAAAAAGCCUCUCUUCCUCUCCAUCAACACCCACCCAAGUGGUCAAGCAGCACACGUUUCCUCUCGAAUCCUAUAAGCAUGAGCCUGAGCGACUGGAAAAUCGCAUCUAUGCCUCCUCUUCCCCUCCGGACACAGGCCAGAGGUUCUGCCCGUCCUCCUUCCAGAGUUCAGCCAGGCCUCCGUCAGCAUCGCCAACACACCAUUCUCCCUCCAAAUCUGCGGCGCUGGCGGCGGCCCCGGGACCCGCGGAAGCCGGCAUGCUGGAGAAAUUCGAGUUGGAAGAAGAAGCAGAAGACUCAGAAAGUGGUGUUUACAUGCGAUUCAUGAGGUCACACAAGUGUUACGACAUCGUUCCAACCAGCUCCAAGCUUGUGGUCUUUGAUACCACGUUACAAGUUAAAAAGGCCUUCUUUGCCCUAGUAGCCAACGGUGUCCGAGCAGCGCCUCUGUGGGAGAGUAAAAGACAAAGUUUUGUAGGAAUGCUAACAAUUACAGAUUUCAUUAAUAUACUUCAUAGAUACUAUAAGUCACCCAUGGUACAGAUUUAUGAAUUAGAGGAACAUAAGAUUGAAACAUGGAGGGAGCUUUAUUUACAAGAAACGUUUAAGCCUUUAGUGAAUAUAUCUCCAGAUGCAAGCCUCUUCGAUGCUGUACACUCGUUGAUCAAAAAUAAAAUCCACAGAUUGCCAGUUAUUGACCCUAUCAGUGGGAAUGCACUUUAUAUACUUACCCACAAAAGAAUCCUCAAGUUCCUCCAGCUUUUUAUGUCUGAUAUGCCAAAGCCUGCUUUCAUGAAGCAGAACCUGGGUGCACUCGGAAUCGGGACCUACCACAACAUCGCCUUCAUACACCCAGACACUCCCAUCAUUAAAGCCUUGAACGUCUUCGUGGAAAGACGAGUGUCAGCCUUGCCUGUUGUGGACGAGUCAGGAAAAGUUGUAGAUAUUUAUUCCAAAUUUGAUGUAAUUAACCUUGCUGCUGAAAAAACAUACAACAACCUAGACAUCACAGUGACCCAGGCCCUGCAGCACCGGUCACAGUAUUUCGAAGGCGUAGUGAAGUGCAGUAAGCUGGAAGUACUGGAGACCAUCGUGGACAGAAUAGUGAGAGCCGAGGUCCAUCGGCUGGUGGUAGUAAACGAAACAGACAGUAUCGUGGGUAUUAUUUCCCUGUCGGAUAUUCUGCAAGCCCUGAUACUCACCCCUGCAGGACUACUAACUGGAAAUCAGGAGGGAAAUUCUUUGGGACCUAAGUAUUGAAACCAUCUACCCUUCAAAAAGAAAAAAAAAGCUUACUAGUAGUGCCAAGCAGAAGGAGACAGAAACCGAAUGACAACCGUGAGUGGAGGAGCCCUUGCAGGAGAACUUGAACAAAGAUGCUGGGUCACGCUUUGCCUCAUGAACACUGACUGCGAUAGAACAGAGUCCAAUGGCUGAGAAUGUGUAUCAGGGUUUAGUGAUGGGUGUUUUUUCCAGUGAUGUUGAAACUAAGCAUAAAAAAGAAAGAUUUUGUGUUUGAAGAUGCGAGCUUGCAUUAAAAGACUCUUUUCAGACCGUUGUCUGAAAGAUUUCAGAUGCUGUAUGUCAUUAAAGUGCACUGUGUCCUGAAUUUCUAUUAUUUUUCAUUUUAAAGAAUUCACUGGUAUCUAACAGGUAAUAUGACAUAAGGCGAGUGUGUGGCAUAUUGAGAUCUAGUGCCUUAUGUCAGAACAGCGAUAUGUCAUCACUACUGCCCAUCGCAGCUGGAGCGUCCUUGUGAACUGACACUGCUGGAGUGUGAACGUCUGAACCUUUACCAAAUCAGUUUGUUUUCAUUAGAUUUGUUGAAUAGCUGUAAUUUGAAUAUAAAUAAUUACUUUAUAAAACUUUAAUGAUGGUU